CGCCGGGGCGCCCCAGCCCCACCGUCCCGGGGGCUAUGGCCAUGGUGACCAGUGGCUGGGGCGGCCCCGGAGGCGACACGAACGGCGUGGACAAGGCCGGUGGGAGCUACCCACGCUCAGCCGAGGAGGAUUCGGCUUCGCCUCCCGGGGUGGCCAGCGACGCGGAGCCGGGCGACGACGAGCGCCCAGGGCUGCAGGUGGACUGCGUGGUGUGCGGGGACAAGUCCAGCGGCAAGCAUUACGGCGUGUUCACCUGCGAGGGCUGCAAGAGUUUCUUCAAGCGCAGCAUCCGCCGCAACCUCAGCUACACCUGCCGGUCUAACCGAGACUGUCAGAUUGACCAGCACCACCGGAACCAGUGUCAGUACUGUCGCCUCAAGAAGUGCUUCCGGGUGGGGAUGCGCAAGGAGGCUGUGCAGCGCGGCCGCAUCCCGCACGCGCUCCCAGGCCCCGCGGCCUGCAGUCCCCCGGGCGCGGCGGGCGUCGAGCCGUUCGCGGGGCCACCGGUGUCCGAGCUGAUCGCACAACUGCUGCGCGCCGAGCCCUACCCGGCGGCCGGGCGCUUCGGCGGCGGCGGCGCCGUGCUGGGUAUCGACAACGUGUGCGAGCUGGCGGCGCGUCUGCUGUUCAGCACGGUCGAGUGGGCCCGCCACGCGCCCUUCUUCCCCGACCUGCCGGCCGCCGACCAGGUGGCGCUGCUGCGGCUAAGCUGGAGCGAGCUGUUCGUGCUGAACGCGGCGCAGGCGGCGUUGCCGCUGCACACGGCGCCACUGCUGGCCGCCGCGGGGCUGCACGCCGCGCCCAUGGCCGCCGAGCGCGCUGUAGCCUUCAUGGACCAGGUGCGCGCCUUCCAGGAGCAGGUGGACAAGCUGGGCCGCCUGCAGGUGGACGCCGCCGAAUACGGCUGCCUCAAGGCCAUCGCGCUCUUCACGCCCGAUGCUUGUGGCCUUUCUGACCCAGCCCAUGUGGAGAGUCUGCAGGAGAAGGCACAGGUGGCCCUCACUGAGUAUGUGCGUGCCCAGUACCCAUCACAGCCUCAGCGUUUUGGGCGCCUGCUGCUGCGGCUGCCAGCCUUGCGUGCUGUGCCAGCGUCCCUCAUCUCCCAGCUUUUCUUCAUGCGCCUGGUUGGCAAGACACCCAUCGAGACGCUUAUCCGGGACAUGCUACUGUCAGGGAGCACCUUCAAUUGGCCCUAUGGCUCGGGCUAAUGAUGGCUGCCUUGAGGGGACAUGUGGAUGCAGGGACCUGGGGUCAGGAUCCCAGUUAUCUCUCCGAGACUCAUUCUUUUUUAAAAGACUGUGAAAUGUUUGUCUGUUUUGUUUUUUAAAUAAUCAUGAAACCAAAAAGAAUUUGCUCUCCCAGGCCCCAGCCUUGUCCUCCCAGCAGCCCCUGCUCAGAGUGGGGCUGAGGAGCCAGUGUGAUGGUGACCCUGGUGUGAUGGGGAAGGGCCACUGCAGCUGGACAGGGCUACUAUGUGCCAGGAGAGUCCCCUGGAUACAUGGCCCAUGAUGGGCACUGUGAGAUGAUAAAAUCAUGGCCAAUAAUAAAGAUAUUCCCUUACUUGC